GAAGAAGUCUAAAGGAGAGCUCCAGGGUAAAAUGCAUGGACCUGCUCUCCUAGGUGCCUCUAUCAGUCACCAGGACGUUGCUUUUCAGACUCUCAGACUAUUGUUGCAACAGAGGGGGUUAAACAAUGAGACCUCUUCAAAAGAAGGACCCCUUCAUAAUGGUUUGGAACUGCAUACACAGGACUCGCAUGAUACUGGGGAUUCACCUAAUACUAGAAGCUGUGAAAGUAGCAGGGAUGUUAUACCAUCUUCUGGAACAAGAUUGAAUUAUUUAUGUCCUACACUGAAAACGGAUUGUAACCCCCAGAGAGGUACAGGCUCAGCAAGCUCCUCCAAAAAACGGUAUACACUGGCAGAGAUUGCAUCAAGGAACCGGCUGUGCAGAGUUGUUAAUGCCACGGCAGAAAUUCUAGUAGUGGAACAGAACCUGCUGAACAAUCUACCGAUGGAAAACACAUUUAUCAUACAGCUUAAAGACAGCAUUGAAUUCAGGAAUAUCUGCACGCAUAUGGCUCUACAGGUUGAAGGCAGGCAAUUUGACCAGGAUGUGAUUGCAGCACAACAGUGUUUAAGAACUAUUGUCACUAAUUUGAUCCAGUCCCUAUCAGUUUAUCCUCAUCAUUUUCAUGAAGCAGCCAGUGCUGAUCUUAAUCACAUAUUGCAAAAGAUCUCUGAGAACUAAAGUUCUUUGCCAUUGGAUAUUUUCAAUGAUUGUUUUUUUUCCAUUUAUGUUUUUUAUUUAAUGUGUGGUUUAUUUUGUAAACUUUAUAUAAUUUUAAUGCAAAAAAAAUAAAUUAUUAUGUAAA